CAAUCCAAUAGAAAUGGAACUUCCCACCAUACACUUAGCAAACCUUUGGCCUUCAAUUCUUCAUGUUCAUUUCAUUUUCUUGAGCUCUAUGAGCAUACAAUUGUUGCAACCUGCCAAUUCUCUCAGUAAAAUGGGAAAUGAGACUGACAGACUUGCACUUCUGCAGUUCAAAGCCAAGAUUGGCAAUGAUCCAUAUGGAAUCUUGAGCUCCUGGAACGACUCUGUCAACUUCUGCUCAUGGCAAGGGGUUGCUUGUGGUCACAAACAUCAGAGAGUUUUGUCACUAAAUAUGCAGGGGCUUAGUUUGUCUGGGACCAUAUCUCCAUAUAUAGGAAAUUUCACUUUCUUAAGGUUCCUCAACCUGGUUGACAACAAGUUCUAUGGUGAAAUUCCCCUGGAAGUUGGUCGCCUAUUCAGAUUGAGAAUUCUUGACCUGUCAAACAACACACUAGGUGGAGAAAUUCCACUCAAAAUCACCUACUCCUCAGAGCUCAAGGUUUUGAAUUUAACAAGAAACAGGCUGGAGGGAAAAAUUCCUGCUGAGCUGGGCUCUUUAAAGAAGCUUGUAACACUUAGGCUUGGGACAAAUAAUCUCACAGGAGAGAUCCCACAAUCCCUUGGAAACCUUUCCUCUCUCAAGGUCUUUUCUGUAGGCUUUAAUAAUCUGCACGGAAAUAUUCCUAGCGAAUUGGGACAAUUAACAAGUUUAAUCAUCUUUGUGAUCAACUUCAACAAUCUAAGUGGUACAAUCCCUCCCACCCUUUAUAAUAUCUCAUCUAUCAGUCUCUUUUAUACUUCAUCAAACAAACUGAGUGGUAGUCUCCCAGCGAACCUAGGCCUCACUCUUCAUAACCUGCAACAACUUGCCAUGGGUGGCAACCAGUUUCAUGGAAGCGUUCCUGUUUCAUUGGCCAACGCUUCUCAGCUUCAAGAUCUUGACAUCUCUCGCAACUUUCUCACAGGACAAGUUCCUACCAAUCUGGGAAAUUUGAAUGAUCUUCAGCGGUUUAGUUUGGGGCACAACUUUCUGGGAAAUAGCACGAGUCAAGAUUUUAAUUUCAUAACAUCUUUGUCAAACUGCAGCAAUCUAAAAAUUCUAUUUUUUAGUGCAAAUAAUUUUGGUGGCUUGUUACCUCCCUCCAUAGCCAAUUUGUCUACACUUUAUGUAUUGGGCAUGGGAAGUAAUCAUAUAUCAGGUAAAAUCCCAAUAGGGGUUGAGAAUCUUGUCAAUUUGUACGAAUUAGCCAUGGAGAUAAACCUUUUUUCUGGUGUUAUUCCUUUUUCAUUUGGGAAGCUUGGAAAGCUGCAGUUAUUGAAUUUAGGAGGAAACCUACUGUCUGGUGAAAUCCCAACAUCCCUAGGUAACCCUGAACUGCAGCUGCCACCAUGUCCUAUCCAAAAAAAGAAACAGAAAAAGACUUCCACAAUCAUAAUCCUUGUCACAACCAUCAGUUCAGUUGUGUUCUUCAUGACAAUAACCUGCCUCUGUGUUUUCUAUCGGCGAAAGUCGAGAAGGAAUCCUCUUUCCAAUUCACGGACUCUGAACCUUCUCCAAAGACUUCAUAUUGCAAUUGAUGUGGCUUCUGCACUGAAUUAUCUUCAUGACCAUUGUGAAGUGCCAAUCAUUCAUUGUGACUUAAAACCAAGUAAUAUUCUUCUUGAUAGUGGCAUGACAGCUCAUGUUGGUGAUUUUGGAUUAGCAAGGUUCCUGACCAAAACAACCAGCUGCUCUUCUCAAGGCCAAACUAGUUCCAUUGGGAUGAAGGGAACAAUUGGGUACAUGGCUCCUGAGUAUGGCAUAGGCAGUGAGGCAACAAUAUCAGGAGAUGUUUAUAGCUUUGGGGUAAUUUUACUGGAGAUGUUCACAGGGAAAAGACCAAUUGAAGAAAUGUUUACAGAUGGUCUAAAUCUCCACAAUUUUGUCAAAGCUAAGCUCCCAAGACGAGUCAUGCAAGUUGUGGAUCCAGUACUUCUCACAACAGGAGAACUAGGGACACCAACAAAUAUGGCAGAAAAUAUGGAUGACAAUGACAUUGAUGAUACUCAAAUAGAGAUCCAAGAACAUGAUUUCAGUAUUGAAAAUUUGGGAUCAAAGGGAGAGGAUGUGAAAAAAUGUGUGGUAUUAGUCCUUGAACUAGGACUUGCAUGCUCAGUAGAAGUACCAGGAGAUCGAAUGAAUAUGAGGGAUAUCACAAGAAAAUUGAAUGUCAUCAUGGAAGCUAUUCUGCGGCUGAGGACUCAGAGAGGCAAGUGAGGCCAUGAGAAAUAAUGCUGGAGUUUCUGAAAUUUGCUGCUGAAAAUAUUUUGAUGUAAUGUUUUUACUUGCAAAGGAUUGAUUGUCCAUGUUUUUAGAAUUAAAUUUCGGAAGUUUGUCUUUGGUGUGGUUUUGCUGACUUGUAAAGGCGCCCUUUGCCUAUAAAAAGGAGAGUGUAUUUGCUAGAAAUAAGUGUGAAGUGGCUGAAAUGAGCUGUUA